UGAAAGCUGAGAAAGCAACCUUCUAAUAAAAAGCGUUUACCUUUCAUGAAAAAAGUUACAAUUGUUUUAUUAUUAUUAUUAUUAUUAUUAUUUUUAUUUUUUAUUACAUAUUUUGAAAGUGCAGUAUGUCAACAGGCUCGGUUAGUGAUACUGAUGAUAUUCAAGAGAUGGUUAUACAAGGACUUGAUUUUCAGUACCAUGGUUCAAAGCAGGAUGCUAUGGACAACGACCUAUACAAUUCUGCCGCAGAAGACGAGUGUUGCACAGAAUUCAGCGGUAGCAGCAACUGCUCAACCAAGAAGAGACGCAAAUCGGGUGCAAGUAAGAGCCUACCCAAAACACACAAGGAAUGCAAACAGUCUCAGAGAAAUGCUGCCAACUCCCGUGAGAGAGCAAGGAUGCGCGUUUUAAGUAAAGCUUUUUCCAGGUUAAAAACCAGCUUGCCCUGGGUACCACCCGACACCAAACUUUCCAAAUUGGAUACACUGAGACUGGCUUCAAACUACAUCGCACACCUCAGGCAGCUUCUGCAAGAAGAUAGAUACGAGAACGGCUUCGUGCAUCCGGUAAACUUGACAUGGCCAUUUGUGGUUUCAGGAAGACCAGAUUCAGAAAACAAAGACGUUUCUGCCACAUCUAGGUUCUGUGGAGCUACAGCAUAAAGGACUAUGCAAAACUUUUUUACUAUAUAAAUAUAAUUUUCUAAUUUAUAUUUUUGUAUGAGUUUGUAUUAUGCUUAGUAUAUUCUAAACUGUAGUCCAGACAGUUGACCAAGCUUUUAACCACAAACUGCUUGUAAGACAUGUAAGUUACGUUUAUGCACUGUGGAACUUGUGUUCAUUAUUUAACAAUAAAUCAGAAGAUUAGGAUCAAGGAUUGCCUUCUUCUUCAAAGAACUAAUGAAACUAGGCAACAGUUGGAUGCCUUAAAUUAAAAAAAAAAAGUUCAAAGUUUUGAUAAUGUGGAAUGUAACUAUGGACUAAUAUAGGCACGAAGAAUAUAUAUUUUAUUUCAAAAGCAGUAUUAAAUGUUUGAAAACGUAUAUUAUGCAUCCAUGUGUAUAAGUAUCUCUUUGUCAUUUACUGUAAAAGGUUGUCUAUACAUGUAUAAAAUACCACCUUAUAAUACUUAAUAUGAGUUAUAGAAAGCUAUUUUAUAAAUAUGUGAAACCUAUCAGCACUUUCUGAAGCCUUAAACUUUAAGAUCAUAACUGUGGUUUGGACAAGAUACAUAUGUGUUAUAAAAUAGUUUGAAAUUAACAACAUUCAUGCUGUAGCUUUAGACUUUUAUAGUGUACUGUAUAACAGCAUACUAAACCAAAGACAUGGUUAUCUUACACAAAAAGCAGUAGUUCUCUUUACAGCUCUGUAAUUAUCCGUGCAUGUUUGUGUUUUGAAGUUAUCUUCAAAUUAAAAUAACAAAAUUGAACACUGCAUUCCUUCCAAGGAGUGUUCAGUUUAAGAAAGCUGUAAUAAUUAGAAGUUGCUACACUGGGAAUAAUUUCCUUUUCAUCACGUUGAACUGAACAACAGGUGCUGCUGCUAAGUGCCCCAGGUUCCCAGAUGCAGAGAUACUCUCUAGGGAAAGAUGAGACAUUCUUAUUCGCUUGCUCAUUCUGUGAGCUGUUAUCAUUUAUUCAAUUAUUUGGUUAAUUCAGUUAGGUCCUUUUGGCAGGAUUAUUCUUUAAUGUGUAAGAGCAGUUUUCAAUACGUCAGUUUUAUGACCUAUUAAGAUAGCGAAAUAACAAGGGAGAAUGUGACAGAAACUGACAAUAAUUAACAUUAACUCCUGAAUAAAUAUCAGUAAUAUUGUUUGUUUCCCAGUAAUCCCUCUUAUGAUUUCAUUAAGGUUAAAUGCUGGGGCUGUUUUUUUUUUUUUUUUUUAAAUACCAUACAGUAGAUAUUGCACUUUCUUGUUAACACUUUUUUUGUUUGUAGUAUUUUAUUAUUAUUUUAGACCUGUACAACACAUAACAAUUGUAAGAUUUAUAAACAAAUUCAGCAUCUUUUGAUAUAUCUCUAACAUGCAUGGUUUAUCCCUAAAAUUAAAAAGAGAAAACAGCAAUAACAUUUGUUUGGUGUGUGUGUUUAAAUUGUUACCUAGACAACAGAACACUUUAAAAUAAUUUAUUUUACAUGGAAACUAUGCUAUAAUCAUGCCGCACUGUUGUCAGUAGUCAAAUAAUGUUGCAAGAUUACAGAUGGUUAUCAAGUUCAUGUCAGUAGCCUUUGAACAUCAAAAUCACAGUUUUGCUGUUAUGUUUAUUGUCUUAGAUAAAAGCAUACGUUUGAACAUUGCCUUAUCUGAUUUUUGCCUGUUAAUCUUUCUUUUCCACAUAAGAGAGAUUUAUGUUUAAAUUAAUAAAAACCCAACUGUACCUUUCCAGUCAUAAGAAUGAACCAUAAUUUCAUUAUUUGACUUUCAUUAGUUGCUAUAAGAACACGUAUGAACGAGAGGAAGGCCAUUCGGACCAUCUAUGCUCAUCUGGUUUCCAGUAGCUGACUGAUCUCAAAACUUAACAACUAGAGUACUCAAUUGAAAACAUCUCAAUUGAAUAUUACAUUAUAGUUAUACAUUUCAAGCCUCUCCAGAUUUUAAAAUCAUUUUAGAAGGUUGUAAUGAAGGUUUUAAUCCUUGGGGAAAACCUGGAAUUUUACUGUAAAAGACUAGAUGUAAAACUCCUGUCUACAGUAUUUGACACACCCAUGAUUUUAGUAUUUCUUUGCUGGCUAGACUGGAUAUUUUUAGGCACUAUUUGCAUUUAUUUAAAAAGUACUUGGCCACACCCAAAGGAUUGUCUGACCACAGCCUAGUAUUGUUUCACUGUGUGAUAACCCUAAAUGUGCUGGCACUUUAAUACACAGCUUCUACAGGAUAUGCAUUUUAUUAAUUAUUUUGGGAGAGGUGGAGAAAACAUUUAUUUAACUGAAAAAGAGGUGGGAUUUGCACAAGAUCCAAAUAAAACUAUUUUGUCAACAAUCCAGUGGAAAUUUACCAAGCGCUGUGAAAAAAAAAACAGUUGGAGUGCUUAUUGCAGGUUCACAGAGCUUAAAGAGCUUAAAUGAAGAUCUGAAAUAUGAAAGGCAAUUAUUAGUGGAUGUGCUGGGCAAUGUGGUACAUGGGUCACUAGUGAGAGACACAGUAUUUAUUGAGCACAGCUGUAAGACAGUGCAGCGAAUACUGAUCCAUCUCAAUGAGUUCCUGGACUCUGGUGCUUUGCAUGUUUAUUGUGGCUUUCUACACUGACUUGUCCAUGAAGAAGACUUUGUUACUAUGUGGUUUAGCAGUUCCUGUGGGGGCUAAACAGUGGCACAACACAUGGACUUGAUAGUGUCAGGAUAGAACUGUAUACAUUAUUAUUAUUAUUAUUAUUAUUAUUAUUUAUUUCUUAGCAGACGCCCUUAUCCAGGGUGACUUACAGUCAUUAUAUAAGUGUUUAAACAGUGUUAGAGAGGCUGUGCUGCCUCCAAACUGCCAAUGAGCUGUGAUUGUACCCACUGGCUUACUACCUGAAAUGGGAUCAAUGAUGAGCAAUUUGUGAUAUUUUGUCUGCCUCCAAACUGUAUUGUCUUUGAUGGUUUGCUAAAAAAAUUAAAAAUAAAA